AUGAGGUUGUUUCUCUUGCUUCUACUUCCGGUGGUGAUCACCACUAUGAAGUACCCUACAGCACCUGGCUAUUAUCCACCCGAAGAAAUGAGGACCGAUACGCCCGCUGCUGUUAUGAAUCCAUAUCAAUCAAUGUCUGAACCAUCUGGCAUGGACGAUUAUCAGUUCUACUAUGAAAAAGUGCCAAAGCCGGGUGUAUCGCUACCUGGACCGAAAUCAGGCGGACCUGCUCAAAAUCCAAAUCCGGCCAGUGGAAAAAUUCCGCUCGGGGAACCAAGUCCGGCCAGUGGACCGAUUCCGCUUCCCAAUCCGAAUGGGCCAGUGGACCGAUUCCGCUUCCCAAUCCGAAUGGGGCCAGUGGACCGAUUCCGCUUCUCAAUCCGAAUCCAGCCAGUGGACCGAUUCCGCCUGCCGAUCCAUAUCCAAAAAAUCCAGAUAGAAGUGAAGAGUGCUGAAAACUUCCCACCUGAUAUCUAUGAGAGCACCUACAGCGAAGUUCCCAGCACAAAUCUUCCCACUGACCCUAACCAAACGAACAAUCUAGAGCCUCUCCCUGGAAACACCCACUACCAAGUCCCCAGUACAAAUAAUUACCCCACUAACAGUCCUCAGAAGAACAACUUUGAAACGAAUCCUCUCAAUCCCACAACCAGUGGUCCCUCCUCGCCUGGAGGAUCUCCCUAUGAUGAAGGACCAUCUGGUGGUGAUGUUCAUCCAGGGAGCAAAUCUCCCACAACGAACGACAGCUCUCCACCGGGAGGAUCUCCCUAUGAUGAAGGACCAUCUGGUGGUGAUGUUCAUCCAGGGAGCAAAUCUCCCACAACGAACGACAGCUCUCCACCGGGAGGAUCUCCCUAUGACCGAGGAUCGUCGAAUGGGCCUGUUCCGCCAGUGCCACCUCCACCAUCACCACGAACUGCAAGUCUUGAUCACGAAUACAACGGUUGGACUCCAAUUCCGAGAAGACCUUCAACGGAGCCGUUCGCAAGCGAUACUGGAAGUGGAGUGAGUAUUUGA